AACUGUCUGACACACACACACCGCCACACACACACUCCUCCUGCCGUCACCAGGAGGAGGCGGGGUGCAGGCUGAAGAGGAGAAAGUCCACGGAGGAGCCGGGCAUGUUCAAACAUAUCCAGGCAGAGCAGCCUGACAUCAUCCAAGGCGCGCUGUCAGUGCGCACGGACUGGACUUACACACUGUCACCACUCAUGUCACAGCCGCUCACGUUUUCCUGAGGAACACUUACACGCGGGUAUAUUGAUGUUGUAUGACAUGCGUAUUUAAUGGAAUGACCUUGAGACGCGCCGCUGUAUGAAGACUUCGGCUGAGCGUGGCCAUGUCUCUGUCGGUCAAAGUGAUGCGGGACGGGCUGCUGGAGAAGCGCAGCAGCGGUCUCCUCCAGCUGUGGAAGAAGAAGCGCUGCGUGCUCACGGAGGAGGGACUGCGCCUGCACAACUGCAAAGGCGGUGGCGCUGGUGGUGGGGAUGCCCAGAGCUCGGCGUGGAGCUCCAAAGCCAAGGAGCUCCGCUUCGAGCGCAUGGUCACGGUGGACUGCGUGGAGUACAAGCGGGGGCUGGUGUACUUCACCGUGGUGAUGGCGACGGGGAAGGAGAUUGACUUUCGGUGUCCGCAGGACGGCACUGCCUGGAACGCGGAGAUCGCGCUGGCGCUGGUGCGCUUUAAGAACCUGCAGGCCGUGCAAACUGGACGGAAGAGGCACCUGUCCACAGCACACCUGGGCAGCACCGGGGAGGACGAGGAGCUGUGACAAGGACAAGCCUUGUCUUCUUCUGGGGAGUGAACCAAUCAGAGAGGAGAAGGGUGGAAGACGCCACAUCCAUCCAGCUUGAUUCCGUGGCGAUGAUGGGUUGUGCAGAAAAGGGCCAUCAGUGAACAAGGAUGAGAGCAAGAGUCACACUCAUGUCUUGUUCUCCUAUAGGAAUAUUUUAAUCAUGGACUUCAGUGGUUUUUUUUCAGUCAUGACCUGAGUGCUUGAGGUCACUCUUGAGUCCACUGCAUGAGGAAAAGAUGGUGUCAUUCGGAGGGAAACUGACGAGCUGGGACACUGUUCAUACCGUGUGCCUUGAUGUUUCAAAAAUGUAUUCUAUUUUGGACAUCAUUUUCUGACAUUGCUGAAACAGUGGUCACUUUUUUUUUCUUCAGUCGAACAGAUUUGCAUGUUUUUCUAAAGCUGAACAUGAAGACUAACUUGCUAAUAAACUGCUCUUAUUCAUUGCAUAUUCCAUUCUAUAUAUCUGCUGAAACCAUGUACAGUAUUACACAGAUUAAAUUCAUUUUUGACA